CUCAGUCCGUGAGAGGAGGGGAGGAAGGGAACUGUUGCAAGCCUGUUGCCAUGGGCACGCAGCAGCAGGCUGCUCGUGUGGCUGGGAUCCUGCCGCAUCUGCACUGCACGGAUUGACCUGAGUUUGGAGGAUGAAGUCCAACCUAAAGCAUAUGGCUCCCCCAGUGAGCAGGGACAGAAUAAUCUCCCAGUUUCCUAAGUGGUACACUCCUGAGGCCUGUCUGCAGUUCAAAGACCACUUCCACGCGCAGCUCAGGACUGCUUGUCUGCAGAGGACCGGAACAGCUGGGCUGAAAAUAUCCAAAGUGGUUGUGGUAGGAGACGUCUAUGUUGGGAAAACUAGCCUCAUCAACAGAUUCUGUAAAGAUCGUUUUGAACGAGAUUACAAGGCGACCAUUGGAGUGGAUUUUGAAAUUGAACGUUUUGAAAUAGUUGGAAUACCAUAUAAUCUCCAGAUAUGGGACACAGCAGGUCAGGAAAAGUUCAAGUGCAUUGCAUCUGCUUAUUACCGAGGAGCAGAGGUUAUAAUAACAGUGUUUGAUCUAGCUGAUAUCCAGACUUUGGAUCACACCAAGCAGUGGCUGGAAGAUGCUUUGAGAGAAAAUGAGCCAAAUUCCAUCUUCAUCUUUCUUGUUGGAACAAAAAAAGAUUUGGUGUCAGAUGCUGUUUGUGAAAGGACAGAGCUAGAUGCUAUCCGCUUUGCGAAUGACAUGCAGGCAGAAUACUGGUCAGUUUCAGCCAAAACAGGGGAAAAUGUCAAAGAGUUCUUUUCCAGAGUUGCUGCCUUGGCCUUUGAACAAUCCAUGAUAAAGGAGCUGGAGAAAACCACAGGGCACAUGGCUCAAAUUGGGACAGGAAACCUCAUCAGACUGGAACAGAACUUGAUGGAAAUCCCACAAGUCAAUGCUCAAGAAAGCUCAAGUUGCUGCUGACGUUCAACUCUUUCUGCAAGUGCCACACUUCUCUGUAGUCCGGCACAGAGCACCUGCAACAACAAAAGCUCUAAAACCAGAAGUAAAAAGCUGUAUUUUUAGAAAUGAGGGAGAAAAAUCUUUUUCAAACUUCCUUUCUGACAGUUCUCUUGCUGCUGAAGGCUUACUUGUGCUGGAUAGUACAAUUGUUAUAUAAACUUUUCUUUGCAUAGUAGUAACAUGACAUCCUUGUCUUAAUGCAAGAAGACAUUGCCAGCACCAUGUACUCACCUGUCUGCCAGAAAAACGUGUAGUCAAAAGUUAUGUAACUUUAUCAUGUUGGGUUUUGAUAGUUCUCCAGAAAUCUUAAAUACUGAAGUUGCAUUCUCAUGGGAGCAGAGUACAAAUGGCAGUUCAGAAUAAAGGGUGCUAUCCAUGUUUUUGCUUCAAAAAGAAAAAAAAAGAAGACAACAGCAUAACAUUAUUCUAGCUUGAAUACGUAUGAAAAUACACAAAUGCAGGCUGUGUAGUUUUCAUUGCAAUUUCUCCAUCCAGAAAAAAAAUCUGUGUUUUUGUCUUUUCACUAGAGCAUCAAAGCCCAACAUUCAAAUAUUCCCAAGCCUGGGAGAAGUCCUGAUAGGAACUUUGCUGUUUUAUCCUGGGUGCCUAAUAUUUAAAAAAUGCUUCCAGAUAAUAAUGCUAUGAUUUUUCAGCCUCUUGAAAAUGAAAGAAUAGUCUCAUAAUGGUGCAUGACAGAGAAAAAUUAGAGUUCUUGUUUUCAGUCUUCCAUAAGGGAUGCAGAAUUCUUCUUUGCGCUGAUCUUCAUGAAAAUCAUCUACACUGCAGUUCUGUUUGGUUGCUCAGAAUAAUUGUUGGCAUUUUGUUCUAAUUCUUUUUUUUUGUUUGUUUAUAGUAAUGUAACAUGAUUUUGGAACAAUAUGCAGUCUCAGUUACAGUCUUACCUACCUGUGGUAGGAACUCUGAGCUGGUAAGGUGAGAUUCAGUAUUCCUGCUAAACUUUUAGUCACUCUAUCUGCCUUUACUGGACAAGAUAAUUUGAUCACUUGAUGAUAGGAGUAAUUUGCUCCACUGCUUAAUGGAAGCUAUAAUAGCAGAGAAAGAACUUUAGCCAAUUUGUGAAAAGUUUUUAAAGUAUACGUGGAUUUAGAUGGCUGGGAAAUGAUGGAGUUUUCUGAAGCAGACACAUGCUUGUUAAGACCCAAGUUGUUUGCCAUAAGAGGAUGCUGUUACUGAAUGUUUACUAUAGAACCUGCUCUUUGGGCAUACUUGGCGUGCUGGCUGGAUCAAAAAUAUUGCUCCAAUUCUGCGUUUUCAAAUACCCUUUGACUUAACCUUGUGCAGUUGUUUAGAAAUAACAAUCAUUGCCUAAUACAGGGAGGUUAGCUCGAGGCACUGCUGAAUUUCACGCAAGUAAAGCAGCUUUACCAACAUCUUCUGCUCUUUGGGUAGGAAUGACUGAUGCCAAAAUGCUGUUGUAAAAAUCAUUCCUGAUGACAAAUGACAUUGCCAGAAAUUUGAAUGACAAAUAACAUUGUCUGAAAUUACGGUAUAAAUAUUUACUCAGUAUAUGUGAUUGUGUUUGUGUGAUUGAUUUUGGUAAUUAGGUUUCAACUGGAAAAAGUACUUUUAUUAAAAGGAAAUACAUAAAAAUUA